AUGAAACUUAAUCUUGGACACGAGGAUCUAACUAGGCUAGAGUACUAUAGACUAUUCCAUUCUCCUACAAACUACCUUAUCCUCUCUUUGGCUGUAGCUGACCUGCUUGUGGGAGCUUUGGUUUUGCUGUUCAACAUGGCACUGUCUGUAGACUCGUGUUUAUAUUUUGGGGAUUUAGUUUGUAAGAUGCGACGCAGCUUUGAUAUUUCACUAAUGACAGCAUCAAUUCUCAACUUGUGUUGCAUUUCUAUUGAUAGAUAUUAUGCUGUGUGUCAGCCUCUGACAUAUAGAACCAGGAUUAAUGGAUGUGUUGUUAUGAUCAUGAUCCUGGUGAGCUGGAGUGUUUCUGCUUUGUCUGGAUUUGGCAUCAUGUUUCUAGGGCUUAAAGAUACUGUGUGUCAGGGAAGAUGUUUCAUAUUUCAUAUUCCAAAUUCAAAUACAGUGGGCUCUGUUGUUGCAUUUUACCUCCCAGUGAUCACAAUGCUUAGUAUCUAUCUGAAGAUUUUCCUUGUUGCACAGAGACAGGCACGCAGUAUCCGGAGCACAAAGUCUGGAGCAGCUGUCAGCAAGAUGGAGGGAAAGGCCACCAAAACUCUUGCCAUAGUAAUGGGGGUUUUCCUUUUCUGUUGGACUCCUUUCUUUCUUUCUAUAACGUUUAAUCCUGUGACUAAUUAUUCUGUCCCAUCGCCUCUGACUGAAACUCUUGUGUGGCUUGGGUGGUCCAAUUCAAUGCUUAAUCCAUUUGUUUAUGGGUUCUUUUACAGUUGGUUUCGAGCAGCUUUCAGAAUGAUCAUUUCAGGGCAAAUUUUUAAUGGCAAUUUCACAAACUCAAAAUUGUCAUGACUAAGUAUCUCAUCAAUGGAGUAAAUUUUUUAAACUGAGUUAGACACAAUUAAAUUGGAAACACAAACAUCGUCAUGAAAGGAGCACAGUGUGUAUAAGG